UAUCUCUAGCUUCAUCCAUAUCUCUUCAUCUGUUGCAUCGUCUUCAUCACUUCUAUCUAUCAUCUUUUGCUUCCUAAACAUUUGGCGUCGAAAGAAGAUACAAAGACUCAAUGGCUCGUGCUGCUUUGCUCGUGUCCUCAAUUUUGCUUUCUUGUUUGGUAGCCACUAGUUAUGGAGCGACCAUUUCGUCCCUUAUGAGAACUCUUGUAGUCACCGCCUCACCUGCAGCUGGACAAGUUCUAAAAGCUGGAGAAGACAAGAUCACAGUGACAUGGUCAUACAACAAUACUUUUGCACGGGGGACAGACUCAACUUACAAGACUAUUAAGGUCAAGCUCUGCUAUGCUCCUAUCAGCCAAGUGGAUAGAGCAUGGAGAAAGACAGUGGACGAUUUGUCUAAGGACAAGACUUGCCAAUUCAAUAUUGUGACAAAGCCAUACAAUCCCUCUAACAACACGUUCACUUGGACUGUAGAGAGGGAUACUCCCACUGCUACAUAUUUUGUGAGGGCAUAUGCGUACAAUUCUGCAGAAGAAGAGGUAGGAUUUGGCCAAACCACAGAUGCUCAUAAGACUACCAACUUGUUUGAGGUUCAUGCGAUUUCCGGCCGCCAUACUUCCCUGGAUAUAUCCUCCAUCUGCUUCUCUGCGUUCUCUGUGGUGUCCUUGUUUGGAUUCUUCUUCAUCGAGAAAAGAAAGGCCAAAUCUUCCCAGCAGAAAUGAUCAGAAAAUGGUUCUUUCCAAAUUUCCAAGUUUGUAACUUUUGUAUGCAUCAAGGGACCAUUCUCUAACUUCAAUGGCCAUAAUACGAUUGGAUCAAUCCCAGUUGGAAGGUUUAAACUUUGAAUUAAUCUCACCAGUUGUAUCUUUAAAUAGUAGUAUACAUAGGUCCUAUCGAGAACAGAAGUGCCUGAUGUUAUCUUUAAAGUAUAAUACAAGUUUCCCGUUGUUGCCCCAAAAAAGUGUUGCAUGCUACAAUUUACACCUUCAAACUCUUAUAUCUAGUGAAAUAUAGAUAUACUAAGUCUUUAAUAUUGAUGUUAUAAUGAACAUUAAUUCAUC